UUGUCUAUCUUCCAUAUGUCCAUUUGUGCUUCGUAGAUAACAGCACAAGGAUGGAAGAAGACGGAGUCUUGUAAGCAGUGGAGCUUCUUCUUCCCACUUUUGGAACAAAACACCAUUUCCCAGCUUCAACUAUAAGCUGUGAGUGGCAAAGGCCGUGAUCAUAGGAUGUCACUGCAAGAGAUAGUCUCUGAGACCAACCCUACAGCCUCGCCCGAUCUAUCUUUACACAUCGGGCCUCCAUGCGUCGUCCCUUCUUCGCUCUCCAACGCAGACAGCGUCUCCCGAGUCUCUUCGGAGGCCAACAUCCAUCAGAGGUUUCGAGGACCGCCACCACAGGUUAACGACGAUCGCAAUCCUAAGUCUGGACUCGUUCAGCAAGGGUUUUCCUCCUUCCUUUCAUCAUCAUCAUCUUCUUCUAAUGGCUAUUCGAACAAUGUAUACCUGAUGGGUUCCUACUUGCAACCACCCAACGGGAGCCAACCUUCAGUCUCGUCUUACCAGUGGACGCCUCAGCUACCACCACCGACAUGGAUUGCAGGGUUAUACCGCCACCUCCCUUGUGGUGUAGGAUCUUUGUCGAGAUCAGGGUUUAUGCCGAGAUAUCCGACGAAGCGGAGCACGAGGGCGCCAAGGAUGCGGUGGACCAGCAGCCUGCAUGCUCGCUUUGUCCAUGCCGUCGAGCUCCUCGGCGGCCACGAGAGAGCUACGCCAAAGUCGAUUCUGGAGCUCAUGGACGUGAAAGAUCUUACUCUCGCCCAUGUCAAGAGCCACUUGCAGAUGUACAGAACUAUUAAGUCGACUGACAAGCCUGCAGCUUCCUCAGGCCAAUCUGAUGGCUCUGGUGAAGAAGAUUUGGUACCUGGUGACGGUCAUCUACCGAUAAUGGAUCACAAGGUCUCCGAUGCACCAAAGCAAGUCCAUCCUUUGGACUCUGACAUCGGAUGGAUCAACUCAUCCAGCAGACAAGAAUGGAUGCAAAUCAACUCAAAUGGCAUCAACUCUGCUGUGCUUCGAUCGACUUCUCUCUCAUCACAAAUUGAGGAUGGUUAUUGUAGAUCAAGUAGCACAGAUGAUUCUUGUCAAGAACACCAAAUCCCUAGCUUGGAGUUCACCUUGGGGAGAUCAGAUUGGCAUUCAAAGUAGCAUGCAUGAGUUGCAUGCUUAAAGCCCCUGCAACAGCUGUUUAAAUUCUUUGAGACAUCUGAUUCAACAGGGAUGAGACAAAAGAGGUGCAUAUGAACAAUGAGAAGCUGAUCGAGCUACUUGCUUAUAUAUUGAGCAUUUGUUUUGGUUCUUUCUUUUCUACCUUGUUUGUACACGUUGUAAUAUUUUGUUAAUUCGUGUAGGUAUAUUAUUAUUCUUCUUCCUGUACCUAUAGAUGGAUUAUGCAACCAAGAUGGAAUUAGAUGUGAUGUAAGAAAUUAAAUAAAGUGUGAACAUUAUGGAGAA